GUUAAUUUGCAUUGGAGAAAGCAAGUGUCAACCCUAUUUUUGACCAGCAAGCAGGAAACUUGAACUAGAGCAAUCGUCAGGAAGUUAAUUUGGAGAGUUUUCAGAACAUGGAAGUUUUCCCCAGGAUAGUACAAGUGUUUUGGAAAAAUGGGCUUGUAAUAAUUUUUUAAUUGGGAUGGUGGUGGUACGGUUGUAUAGCGGUGGUCAUUGUGAGUAUAUGUAUGCUAGGCCCAUAAUUUAGGUUUUGUGAAUGAAAGUAAGCAGUGGAAGCGUGUAUAGUAAUUGAGAAAUAGAACCAUCAGCCCCCCCACCCCAAAUGUUGGAAGAUCUAAGAGUGUGAUUUAUGGUUCUUUAUUUUUACGAUCUUUCACAUUUGUUGACCCUUGUUUUAUUAUUAUGCAUUUUUGUGUAUGGAUGUGUGUUUUUUGGCCUUGAUCCCUGUUUGUAUGUGGGACCAUAUGGUAUAGGGGAGCCAGGUCGGGACAGAGCCCUGGACUCAGUGUGCUAGGAGGUUUGGGCUCUGACUCAGGCUCUGUCUGAGCUGCUUUUGGGAUCCUGUGCAAGUUGUCAGCAGUCUCAUCACUUUAGAGAAGAACAGGUCUGCAAGGGGUGAACCUGAUGAAUCUGCUGCAUAGGGGAGCACCUGGGUGUUCAGGUCGAAAGACACUUUACACAUACCACCACCUCACAAGGGUCCUGUGAAUGGGAGCUGCCGACAUUAUCCCAUUUUGUGGAUGUGAAACUGAAGAUGCAGAGAGGCUCAGACCAUGAACUACGUGGGGCAGCUGGCUGGCCAGGUGUUCGUUACGGUGAAGGAGCUCUACAAGGGGCUGAACCCCGCCACGCUAUCUGGUUGUAUUGACAUCAUCGUCGUCCGCCAGCCCAACGGCAAUCUCCAGUGCUCCCCUUUCCACGUCCGCUUUGGGAAGAUGGGGGUGCUGCGCUCUCGGGAGAAAGUGGUUGACAUAGAAAUCAAUGGGGAAUCUGUGGAUUUGCACAUGAAAUUAGGAGACAAUGGAGAAGCGUUUUUUGUUCAAGAAACUGAUAAUGAUCAGGAAAUGGUCCCCAUGUACCUGGCCACCUCCCCCAUCCUGUCUGAAGGGGCCUCGAGGAUGGAAGGCCAGCUGAAGAGGGGCACUGUGGACAGAGUCAGAGGCCUGGACCCCGGUGCACCAGCCCCGGUCACACCUCCUGGAGAGAGCUCAUCCAUCGGCUCCUUAGUAAAGAAGAGAAGGAAGAGAAGAAGAAAAUCCCAGCUGGAUAGCUUGAAGAGAGACGACUCCAUCCACACCUCCGAGGAUGAAGACAUGUUCCCCAUCGAGAUGAGCUCUGAUGAGGACCGGGAGCCGCUGGACGGCAGCAGAACUCUUCCUAAUGAUAUGCCUCCCUUCCAAGAUGAUCUUCCUAAGGAAAACCUUUCCCUGGUCUCCACUUAUCCUCAGUCAUCUUCAUACCCUAAUUCAGAUAGAGAGUGGUCGCCCAGCCCCAGUAACCUGGUAGAUCGCAAAAGGACUCCCCCCCACCUUGCAGUUGCUGCCGAGGGAGGUCUGUCUAGUUCUUGUCCUCCACAAUUCUCCCACUUCCAUUCUUCGGAAAGUCCUUCAGGUUCCCGGCCUUCAACGCCUAAAAGUGACUCUGAAUUGGUCAGUAAGUCUGUGGACAGGACCGGGCAGAAGAGUAACCUAGAAAUGCUCUGGCUUUGGGGAGAAUUGCCGCAAGCUGCAAAGUCAUCUCCACACAAGAUGAAAGAAUCCAGCCCACUGAGCAGUAGAAAAAUUUUCGACAAAAUCCACUUUCAGACCAUCCAGAGCGAAUCUUCAGACGCUUUCAGUGACCAGUCACCAACACUGGCCAGGGGGCUACUGCUGGACCAGAGCCAGUCUCAGACAGAAAUGCAGUUUGUGAAUGAGGAGGACACUGGGGCCGUAGGGGCGGUGGCACCGCUUUCCCCUGCCAUCGAAGAGCUCAAGCCCCCCUCUGCUAGCACAGUCCAGGCCGUGAAUAAGGCGGAUUCUCCUAGGAAAAAAGAUAAACGAAGUAGGCACCUGGGCUCGGAUGGCGUCUACUUGGAUGACCUCACGGAUAUGGAUCCUGAAGUGGCAGCCCUGUAUUUUCCCAAAAACGGAGAUCCUCCCGGGCUCGCCAAACACGCCAGCGACAACGGAGCCCGGUCUGCCAACCAGUCCCCGCAGUCGGUGGGCAGUUCGGGCGCGGACAGCGGCGUGGAGAGCACUUCAGACGGCCUGAGGGACCUCCCCUCCAUCGCCAUCUCGCUCUGCGGCGGCCUCAGCGACAACAGGGAGAUCACGAAAGAUGCAUUUUUGGAACAGGCUGUGUCCUAUCAACAGUUUGUGGAUAACCCCGCUAUUAUUGAUGAUCCCAAUCUUGUGGUGAAGAUUGGGAAUAAAUAUUAUAACUGGACAACAGCAGCACCCCUACUCCUGGCAAUGCAGGCCUUCCAGAAACCUCUGCCAAAGGCCACUGUGGAAUCCAUCAUGAGGGAUAAGAUGCCUAAAAAGGGAGGAAGAUGGUGGUUUUCCUGGAGGGGAAGAAACACCACAAUCAAAGAGGAAAGUAAGCCGGAGCAGGGCUUGCCUGGCAAGGGCCACAGCACUGGAGAACAGGCGUCACAGCUGAGCAUGGCCACCAGAAUAAAGCAUGAAUCAUCCUCCAGUGACGAGGAGCACGCAGCCGCCAAGCCAUCCAGCACAAGCCACCUCCCUCUUUUGUCUAACGUCAGCUACAAAAAGACUCUCCGGCUCACUUCAGAGCAGCUGAAAAGCUUGAAGUUGAAGAACGGCCCCAAUGACGUGGUUUUCAGUGUCACCACCCAGUAUCAGGGCACCUGCCGCUGCGAAGGCACCAUCUAUUUGUGGAACUGGGAUGAUAAAGUCAUCAUUUCUGACAUUGAUGGAACAAUCACCAGAUCAGAUACUCUCGGCCACAUUUUGCCCACCCUCGGGAAGGAUUGGACCCACCAGGGCAUUGCUAAACUGUACCAUAAAGUGAGCCAGAAUGGCUACAAGUUUCUCUACUGCUCUGCCCGCGCCAUCGGCAUGGCGGACAUGACACGGGGCUACCUGCACUGGGUCAACGAGCGGGGCACGGUGUUGCCACAGGGCCCACUGCUGCUCAGCCCCAGCAGCCUGUUCUCGGCUCUGCACAGAGAAGUGAUUGAAAAGAAACCGGAAAAGUUUAAAGUCCAGUGUUUGACAGACAUCAAAAACCUGUUUUUCCCAAAUACAGAACCCUUUUAUGCUGCUUUUGGAAACCGACCAGCGGACGUGUAUUCAUACAAGCAAGUGGGAGUGUCUUUGAAUAGAAUAUUUACCGUCAACCCUAAGGGGGAGCUGGUUCAGGAACAUGCAAAGACCAACAUCUCAUCGUACGUGAGACUCUGUGAAGUGGUUGACCACGUUUUUCCAUUGCUGAAAAGAAGCCAUUCUUCAGACUUCCCCUGUUCAGACACUUUCAGUAAUUUCACCUUUUGGAGAGAGCCACCACCACCUUUUGAAAAUCAAGACAUGCAUUCUGCCUCAGCAUAAACGUACCAAGCAGCCUCCGGCAGCAGUGCAGAGCUGGGCGUCACCCAUUAAAGGAUAGGUUCUGGGCACCGCGUGGCUGCAGCUUGGGGGCAUGAUGUGCGGUCGUUUGCUUCAGAGCACAGAGAAUGGAGGCGCGUCUCUCCACUGCCCCAACCGGGGAGUGAUGUUUCUGAGGGAACUCUGGAGGGCAUACUUCACAGCCGGGGGGGUCAGGUGCAUUCAUGCUGUGGGAAGCAUUCCUCAUUUGCAGCUUCGCACAUUAUUGUACAAUGCUGCAUUCCCAGCCAGCCCCAGCAAUUAGUUACUGGUUCCCGUGCAAUACGAGCCUGUGAAACCCAAGUGGAAGGUGGCUGUCUGAGGGCCGUCGCCACUGGUGACAGCAUCAGUUGAGGGUCUCCAGAUGUGCACAGUUCUUGGCAGAGUAGGGGGUACAUUUCCUUGUAGCAAUGUUUGUGGCACCUUCUGCACACAGUGGGGAGGGCUGUGAAGAGUCAUGUGAUCUCAAUCUGAGGUUUCUGAAGGGGAUCCAAACCUCACUGGGUCUGGGCCUUGGUCCUGGUCUUGGCCUUGGGCUUACGAUGUUCCCUUGCAGUAUUUGCAAAUGAGUCUUGUUUUUAGGUGACAAGUUCUUUAAUUCCUUUGGUUAAAGGCAGCCUAUUUAAGUGGCAUCUUUUCCCCAUUUUUCGCGGCUCAAGGCUGGAACAUUUAUGCCUUAAUGCAUCUGUGGCAGACAUUUUAUUUAAAAUGCACUGUAACUAGCUCUUGAUAACUUUUGCAAUGCCUUAAACUAAAAGGAUAGUUGAAUAUUAUGAAGGCAGUAUUUUGGAUCAGCUGAACACUCAGUCAGCUUCCUUUUAUCCAGCAAGGUGGUGCAGAUGAUGUGGACUUGAAUGUGCUUAUUCCAAAUGAUAAUGAUGUUGACUUUUAUUGGGAGGUCUCAAAAGAAACUUGUUAGUUUUAAGAAGAUAUUUUCAAGAAGUUAAAUUUAUUCUUUGUAGAUAUUAUUUAUUUACUCUGAUUAGGUUACUAUUAUACAUACUUUAGUCAUAUUUUUUUCUUGUCAGCUGUCACUAACAUUUUAAAAGGGAUUAUAUCUAGUUAACCUAUCCAAAGAGCCGUCCUCUGUGUAUAGGCUGGCCCUCUUUUGGCAUUUAUAAGUAAUUUAUUUUAGCUCUUUCCACUCAAAUUCAGGGCAAGUGAAAAAGUAGGAAUUUGAGUGGACGUUCUUUAAGGCAAUAGAAGGUGAUUAUUUUACCUGUUUAUUAAAUUGGCUUGCGGUUGAAAACAAUUUGAAAAGUAAAAAAAAAAAAAGAUUACUUUGUUAAAAGAUUUUACUUUACUUUUUGAAGUAUUAUUUUUUUAAAUUGCGUUUUGCUCCGAUGAUUGGAACACUUUCCUAUUUAAAUUUCAUUGUUAAGAGUCAUAGGAGGCAGAAAAUAGAACAGUUGAAUGAGACUUCACUCUUUCUGUGAAAGAGAAUCCACAGAGUCGCGGCCUUCAUGUAGUUGGCAGGCCCUGUCAGCUUCGACGUCUUUGUCAAACGGUUCAUGUUGGCAAACACGUGUGUGUCGAUGGCAGAUUUACAUGGAACCAUAGACACGCAUGUGCAGACUCCCUUUCAGAGGUCGUAAAAAUAAUUAAAAAUAGCCCUGCCUCACCCAACUCCUCUGGGCUUGUUUACUAGAAUCGCGAAGAGGCUACUUUAAUUCUUCCUUUCACGAGGGUAUUUUUGAGCGACUUAACUAUUGUGAAGUGAACUAAGGAUAAGCUCAUGGGUCUGCAAAGGUUCAGGCGGUUGCUUCCCUGCACCCGGGAGGAACUUUGGCUGUCAUGUGGUUGGCACAUCCUUCAUGCAAUUCGCCUUUUUUGGGGGUGACCCUCUGCAGUACACUCUCCAGGUGGAGCUUUCAGAGCAUGCCCCUCUGGACCCCUAAAUUUGAUGUAUCCAUAUCACUGCACCUUGAAUUAGAGGCAUGCCUCCCAGAAAGUGGUACCCUCAGAUUGGUGUCAAGUUCAGGGUGAGCCCUGGAGAGGGUAUAGUCCUAACACCUGCCUUGGGGCUCCUGGAAAUGAGAUUUGUAUAUGGGAGGCCUUUGUGUGUGAGUUGGUUUAUCUGUGUGUACAUAACUGACACCCAGUGAUGCGGAGGUCACCUUCUAGAAUGCUUGUAUUUGGACCACAUAUUUCAAGGUUGCCUUUUGGAAAUGAAUCACACCACAGUGACAAGUCAUUGAAUGUUCAUCAUAUCUGAUAAAGAAAAAUAUAUAUUCUUGGCAUACAAAAAAUAUAUAUACAUACUUGGUCCAUUGGAGAGAAAUGAUUACACUUUCAAAGAGAAUCCCCUUUUCAGUUUUAGGUUUGGACGGCCACUCUAAGUAUAUUUUAUCUGCAACAUUUGAUCUGUAUUUGGACAUGCUGGUGCAAUGCUAAAAGAACAUCACUGUACUAUUUUAUGGCGGUGUAUCAGAUGCAAAGCUCGAAAACACUCUAAUAAAUGAGACCCAUGAAAGACGUUGAUGAAAAUCAGUUGCGUGAAUUUUAAAUAGUUUUUGAUAAGUUAUUAAAUUGCUGAUUUUCUAGUGUAUGUUACCAAACAUUACUUUAUGCUCUACUCAAAAUCGUCAAGGCUAUAAAACUGUUCGCUAUUUAGAAUAAACAUCUUUUCUGAUGUUUUAGAUUUAAGUGGGUGAAGUCCCACCCUCUCUAUGCACUGGGUGGGGAUAGAAGAAUGGAGAAAGAGGAGGCUGCUCAGGGCUCCUCCCUGACCUGGCCGGAGGCUUUGGGGUGGGAAGCUUUAAUCAGAAGCUCAAGGAGUACCUCCCAGGGCCUGGCCCAGAAUCGGUGUUGACGAUUUCUUGCCUCACAUCUGCCAUCCUCAUUUUUUGGACUCUUGACUUCUCCGUGGUACACCCCAGAUUUUUUCUUUUUUUUUUUUUUUUUUUAGCGAUUCAACCAAAAAUCUUCUACUAGUUUAUAUAAACUGAAAAUUGUCAUAAUUGCUGUUGAUUUUGUGGGUCAUCUACAUGGCUGUUUCACCUGUGUCAGCCUAAGUGUUUCUGGAACAAAGGGAGGAAUCCUGGUCCCUAAAUGCUCAACACACAACUGCCCUAGAUACUCGACUGAACUCCUCACGAAGCCCAGAUCCCAACAGUUCACCUCCAGGGCUCUGUGCAGUGAAUACCUGUGCAUCUUGAGAAAACAAAACACACUCUCUCAUUCUGUCGACUUGUUCCAACCCUGACUUCAGCGUGUAGGCUUUUUCAAUUUGUAAAAUAAAAAUUUGUCUGGACUGUUGUCUGCGGCCUGUGGACUCCCACGUGCUCUGUGUGCAAAUCUCAGAUGUGUGCUGGGGAGCUAAGCUGGUAGCUUGGAUUUCCUCAGUGUCCCACCGUCAUCACCUGAAUAUUUAAAAUGUUUUAGAGCUUGGCUUGCAAACUCUUGACACACCAGCACCCUAGCUUCAGAGGCUGUGGAAGGUUGAUAAUGGGGCUGUGGACCAUCAGCUUUGGGCCUCUAAGCACCUUUUCCUGGAAAAAGAGAUGUGUGCAGUCCUAGUGUGAUUCAAUCCUGGAACAGGAGAACUGUUGGGGAGGGAAGAUAAGUAGGGCCCGUUCUAAAAAGUUGAAAAACAAGCUGCCAGGAUCUACCCUGUUUUCCCGAAAAUAAGACCUACUUACAGGAAAGAUAAGACGUCCCCUGAAAAUAAGACCUAGCACAUCUUUGGGAGCACACCUUAAAAUAAGUCUUAUUUUCGGGGAAACAGGGUAUGUUUCUUCAUCCUUGCAGGAGUGCUAACCAGCUGCUCUGUAAGGGCAGACGCUGGUGCAGACCCCAGGGGGGCCUCUCUGUGCCCCAUCUCCGCCUUAAUCCAAGAGAAGGUGGUUAAAAUGCCAGCUGCUUCUUUCUGUUUCCAACCCCCUCUUUCAACUCCUGCUGCAUCAAAGGUGGUGAUCAGCGUCACUUCUGUGGCGGGCCAGGCAGGGGGGCUUGGUACUGGGCAGACACCAGCAUCUGAGCAGACAGAAGCUGACCCUGGAAGUCUGCAGGCCCAAAUGGCCACCUGGGGGCACAAGAGGUUUGGGUUUGGCAGCAAGGCCUUUUAAAAAAAGUCUCUACUGUGACAAGGGCCCUCUCCCAGCCUUGCUGCACCAGGAGACCAGCCAGGUUCUGGACUGGACUUGUGGGGACAAGGAGGAGUUCCUCCAAGGGGACUGUUUGUAUACCAAAGUGCUUCCCAUUGGCACAGCCUGAGCUCAGACCUACUAACUGGCCUGGAGGAGGGUGCAGCGCAUGGCUGUUCAGAUCUAAAAUCCAUUUCAGUCUGUGGUUCUCAAACUGCAGCCUCCCAGCCUGAAGCUGCGGCACCAGGGGGGCUGGAUAGAAACAGAUCUCACCCUAGAUCUCUGAGUUACACUGUGGGCAUGGGCCCACCAAUCUGGAUUCUGGUGCCAGCUCCAGUCCGAAAAGCAUGUUUUAAGAUGAUUGAGCAGAAGCCCCCACGCUGCUUCUGGGUGGUUUCUUUUGUGUUGCUGUAACAGGGCACCUUGGACUUUCACCUGGCAGGGCGAGCCAGUGCCAGCUGCCUUAACGCCCACCCAGACCUGCCACAGUAGGAAAGCCCCUGGAAAGAUCCUCUUGCCUCAGAUACACUCCUGAAAAGGAGCCUGGAAGCCCAAUAUAGGUGCUCACUUGAGUCACGUGGUGUCGUCCUGAUCUUUUAAUUCACAGCUGCCAGCCUGAGCCACCUUCCCAGGGAUCUCAGAUGUGAGCCCUCCGGGUGAGGAGGGGCUUCCAGGCCUCAGGUCUGGGGUGUGCGUUGCGGGGAGGAGGUGGUGUGUGUCUGAAGGAGCAGCCCUGGGUUGUGCCCAGAUUUCUAAUGGCUCCCUUCCUCCCCCAAACCGUUGGAGCCUGGAGGUGCCUGUUCUGAUGCCAGCCUCUUUUCAUUGGUGCAGGAAGUCCAUUCAGCUCUGCAUUGCUUUUAAUGAGUUUUGCAAGCAAGUGGCCUCUUCCUGUGACUCACUCUGCCUUUUGUGCACCGGAGAUUGUGGUUUUAAGUUUCACUUUGGAAAGUAACCACUACUGCUGCUGCUUUCUCCUCUGCUGGAAUCCGAACAAGUCGCAUUCAUUUUGCAACAAAGAAAUGUAAAUGCAGGAGCCCACAGUCAUAUUUCUGCUCUGAUUGUAAAAACAUCCUUUUCCGAGAUAGCUGACGGAGCCAAGCUAAGGAGAAACGGUUUAUAUUUUCAAGUAACAUGUUCAUUUGGGAACUUCACAUUUUCCCUUCCGGAGUGGCUCAAUAGUUUUGCUUUUGUUCUUUGUCUUCUGGGUUCAUGUUUCAGGGAGACCCUAAAAAAUAAACAGCACUUGUUGAUCAAG